AUGAAGCCCAAAACGGAGAAGAAUCUACAGACCAGCAUUUGGAUUAACAAGAAGUUCGAAUCGUCCUUGCUGAGUUCCUCCAAGCCGGUGCAAUCUGGUUGGGGAGACUUUCUUGCAGUGGCGGAGCCCCAGGUUCCUGCGAAGCCCAGCCGGAAGAGAAAGAUGGCUGCCAUGUGUUCGCGACUGAGCGGUUCCGAUCGAGCCACCGAGGAGCUGGCCCGUCAAUUUGCCAGCAUGACCGUGAAACCAGAGAACGCUGUGGCCUCCAAUGCGAAUGAGCCGUACUUCGCCAGCAACCUGAAGUACUAUCCCCACCUGAUUCAGCCAACUCGGGUGGGCCACUAUCAGACCUAUGCCGAAAUCAAGGAGCUCUGGCUGAAAGGUAAUUACUCCCAACUAGGCACUCCCAUCCCACCAAUGGCGCGUCCGGGUCGUGAUAACUCCAUGCAACAUGACGUCCCGGAUGAGCCACCGAAGCCAGCUCCGAACCGCCGCUACUCGGUGAACCGCCGCAAGCCAACCCAACGCCACCCGAAGGUUCAGCAUCCGAUGCCCAUGCAGAUGCAGCAUGUGCAGAGUCUAAAGGAGGAGAGCGGCUCCAACAAGCCAACUACUGCCACCUCGAAGGGCGCAAUCCCGAAGCAGCCCAAGUUCUUCUUGACCUACACAAUAUCGGAGGACUAA